AUGGAGAAGGAGAUUGAUCAAUUUCUAAAGAAGAAAUUCUGCGAUGGUGUUGAAAACAAAGAGAUAAGUUCCUCCAAAAUUCCCAUCUACGACCAGUACCCUUUAUCGAACCAAUCCCUAUUGGGCCUAUUUCGUGGUAUAAAGGAUUCGCUUGAUCGAGAAAUCGAUCUUAUUAACCAACUUCCACCUGAGGAAUUUGAAAUCAGGGAAAAGCUUUACUGCCUCAACGAUCUUUGGACGGAGUUCAAUGUGGUGUCAAAUAAAGACCUAAGAACCCGUAUGAACUUACGGAGGAAGUUAACUGAUAUGAAAGUUGAACUCAAAAGCUUGAAGAGGGAUUCUGUUCGCAAACAGGGUGAUAUUGGUGAUAGUAAACCCAGCCCACCAACCCAGCCGAGCGCUGUGUCAUUUGGUGCGUCCAAUAUUGUUUAUGGGUUUGAUAACGAUGUAACCUCACUGGAAAAGGUACUUGUCAGGCCAGGAAGUGAGGAUCGUUUCAAGGCAAUAGGCAUCAUGGGUAAGGCUGGUAUUGGAAAAACAGCACUUUCCCAAUUCUUGUACAAUAAAAAGGAGGUGAAGGACUACUUCCUUCCAAGGAUCUGGAUAUCCAUGUCAGCACUGCCUGUCGACGAGCAGGGCCAAAAGGUAGCAAUCGUCGAGAGAAUUUUGGAGAGCCUUGAAGGAAAAAAGGAGAAGUUCAUCAACAAGGUUGACGAGGAGCAACAUAAACUCAAGGGGCUACUAUAUGCUCUUCACUUGCAAUUGCAGGGGAAGAGGUAUCUGAUUGUGUUGGAUGAUGCCAGCAGCACAGAAGAUUGGUACGGACAGUUGAAUUAUUCACCAACUCGCGUGGGAGAAUGGGAUCAUCUUGCGUUUGGACUGCCAAAAGGGUGCGGGGGAGCAGUUAUUGUGACUAGCAGGAAUGAGGAAUUAGCAAAGAAGAUGGUUGGCGGGGAGGGAAUCCUACAUCGGGUUCUACCCCUUUCAGAUCCGGAUAGCUUCUGGUCUAUAUUCAAAGAGGCGGCUCAACAACAAUCAAACAGGACAUACGAUAUCUCCGAGCUCCAAAUUAAUACGGGAAUUCUAAAGGAGGAAAUCUUACAAAAGUGUGCGGGCCUUCCAUUAACUGCAAGAAUGAUGGGUGAGUAUCAAGAUUUCCUCAAGUAG